UUCAUACACACAACACACACACACACACACACACACACACACACACACACACACACACUAACCACAUCACACAUUCUUGUUUUCUUUACAUAUCAACCUCUACCCAUGAUUCCCAUCACCAUCAUCACAGUUGUUUUUGUUUAUUUUUACUUCUUGUGCAAACAGAGUCCUCCUCUCGUUGGCUCAUCUCUCCGUUUUCUCCACCUCUCCGCUCCCUGUUGGAUCCCUUCUGGGGGGGGGGGGUAAUAACACGACACCAUUGAAUCAUUCUACAGCCGAAGCUUUCUGCUUCAUUUCUCGGCUGUUCUGAAUGACGGGCGGAAGGUUUGACUUCGACGAUGGAGGAACAUACUGCGGAGGGUGGGAGGACGGUAAAGCCCACGGACAUGGCAUCUGUACCGGGCCAAAAGGCCAGGGCGAAUACGCCGGCUCCUGGUCGCACGGCUUUGAGAUAGUGGGGGUGUACACCUGGCCCAGCGGGAAUACGUACCACGGCUACUGGUCCCAGGGGAAACGGCAUGGGCUUGGGGUCGAAACCAAAGGGAAGUGGACUUACCGCGGUGAGUGGAGCCACGGAUUCAAGGGUCGCUAUGGACUCCGACAGAGUCACAAUACACCUGCCCGGUACGAUGGGACGUGGAGUAAUGGCCUACAGGACGGGUAUGGGAUUGAGACCUAUGGCGACGGUGGUACAUACCAGGGCCAGUGGAUGGGUGGGAUGCGGCACGGUUAUGGAGUGCGCCAGAGUGUUCCCUACGGCAUGGCAACAGUGAUCCGCUCUCCGCUCCGUACCUCUCUAGCAUCCCUACGCUCCGAGCAGAGCAAUGGCACCGUGCUCCAGGACCUCUCGGGUGACACGCCCACCGGCGGCCGGGGCGGGUUCGUCCUCAACUUCCACUCGGACAGCGAAGUGGUCACCGGGAAGAAGAAGGGUCUGUUCCGCCGCGGCUCGCUGUUCGGGAGCCUCCGUCGGCUUCACAAGUCCGAAUCGAAGUCAUCCAUCUCCAGCAAGAGGAGUUCGGCACGCAGCGACGCCGCUAUGAGCCGCAUCAGCUCCUCCGACGCGGACGCCAACUCCACCGUCUCCCUGGGCGACGGAGAGCUGCCGGAAGAGGACUUGCUGUUGGAGGAUCACGUGGAUGCCACCACCACCGAGACGUACACGGGGGAGUGGAAGAACGACAAGCGCAACGGGUUCGGCGUCAGCGAACGUUCCAACGGGAUGAAGUACGAGGGGGAGUGGCUGAACAACAAGCGCCACGGUUACGGGUGCACCACCUUCCCCGAGGGGAACAAGGAAGAAGGGAAGUACAAGAAUAACGUGCUGGUUCGUGGAAUAAGGAAGCAGCUGAUCCCGCUAAAGAACCCCAAAACCAAAGAGAAGGUGGAUCGGGCCGUGGAGGGGGCGCGGAGGGCUGGGGCCACCUCCAGGACGAAAGUGGAAAUAGCAGCUUCCAGGACGGCUCAUGCCAGAACGAAGGGAGAGGCAGCAGACCAGGCAGCUGUCUCUGCCGGACAGGAUUGUGACAUCGCUAGGGCCGUCGCUAGGGAGCUGUCCCCAAACUUCCACCAACCAGGUCCUGACUAUAUCAAGCAGGCGUUCAUGGAUCCAGUGAAGAUCCCCAAGGAUCCUCCCGAAGAGAAGGAGAAAGACAGCCCCACCAGCCCUGCCCAGACCCCCGGGCCCACCCCUCCCAGCACCGCCCAGACCCCCGGGCCCACCCCUCCCCCCUCGCCCCACAGCAAGAAGAGACCGCACAGCAACAGCGUCUCCACCUCCGCCUCCCGCAAGAUCAGCAAGGACGAAUCAUCACACAGUCGCAAGGUCAGCAAAGAGGAGAAGCCGGUCCGUAAGAGCAGCAAGGAGGAGCGGCUGAGCAGGAAGUUGAGUAAAGAGGAGCGGGUGUCCAUCGCUACCGAGCCGCCCACAGCUGCUGCUCCCUCUUCCCAUGUAAUACACCAGGCUUCAGCCAGACCCCCCAAGGCCCCGGAGCCCGGACCCACCAACGUACCACCUCCCCAGGCUGCUGCUCUGCAGACGGGUCCUGUUAAUGAAAUGGGACAACUCCACUCCCAGUACCAUAGCUACUACGUCAAAGCCCCCUCCAGGGGACCCCUGCCCCCGGAACCUGAGCCUGAGGAGGACGAGGAGCCCAGUCAACUGACCCUGGCACGGAUGGCCCCGUCACCCCCCAAGUCGUUCCGGAAUUUCACCCUCAAGCCGACGCCCACAGGUGAGCAGAGCAAACUCAGGAAGCAGGAUUCGCUAAAACCAAAGAGCCUGGCAGAGACCAAGAAGGCCAGUAUGGAGAUGGCUGACGGGCAGGGUGAAGAGAAUGCUCCUAACUCUAUCCUGGUUGCUAUGGUGAUGCUGUUGAAUAUCGGCCUAGCCAUCAUAUUUGUCCACUUCCUGACAUGAUGCUCCUGUGUCUCAGUGAUGCCGUGGCAACUGAUGCAGCGUCUCCAGCCUUUUAAAAAAAUCAAAAUUGUGUCAGUCAGAAUCGGAAGCGGCCACAGGAGCAUGGAAAUCGGCUUUGUGACACAGGAGAGAAACAUGAGAGGCAGGAGAGAAGGACCCGCAGGCUGUCCAGGGCCGUCCACAGACCUGCCUGAUCAUAAUACUCUCCUCUGGGUUCUGUUAAAGAACAAAAUGAUAUGUCUGAGGGAGAUAGGAAAAACAAUACAACAGGAAAAAGUCAACACACAACACACACACACACACACACACACACACACACACACACACACACACACACACACACACACACACAC